AUGCGGGCGAAAAACACCGCCGCCGCCGCCAGAAAGCCAACCGAGCGACGAAAGAGCGACGCCGUGGACGACGACGACGCGUCAAGGCCGAUCGCUUCGAGUGCGAAGAACACCAAGGCAAAGUCGUCCAAGAAGACGAACGAUGCGUCGAAGUCGAACGACGUCGGGAUGGAAAAGGACGGACACGUGGAGUUCGCCCAGGCGGAGGCGCUCACGGGACGGCGGCGGACGCUGGAAGCGAAGAAGAAGAAGUCGAGCGGAGGGUUCGAGUCGAUGGAGAUCUUACCCGAGGUGUUUCGAGCGGUGAAGCGGAAGGGAUAUCGAGUACCUACGCCGAUUCAACGGAAGGCGAUACCGCCGGCGCUGGAGGGACGGGACGUAGUCGCGAUGGCGAGGACGGGGAGCGGGAAGACGGCGGCGUUUUUGAUUCCAGUGUUGAGUAAGCUUCGAACGCACAGUUUGAAAGCGGGUGCACGGUGCGUGGUGUUGGCGCCAACGCGGGAGUUAGCGCUGCAGACGUUCGCGUUUGCGAAGGAGUUGUCCAAGUUUACCAAUUUGCGCGUCGCCGCGCUCGUCGGUGGCGACUCCAUGGAGGCACAGUUCGCGGAUCUUAGCAAUAAUCCGGAUAUUAUCGUCGCAACACCCGGCCGAUUGUUGCACCACGUGGAGGAGGUGAAAGCAUUCACGCUGCGAACGGUGUGCCACGUCGUCCUCGAUGAGGCGGAUCGGUUAUUGGAGAUGGGUUUCGCGGAUCAGUUGAGGCAGGUCAUGAGUUCCGUCGCGGAUGUCAGGCAGACGCUAUUAUUCUCGGCGACUUUACCUAGUGCACUGGCCGAAUUCGUCCGAGUGGGUCUGCGUGAGCCCGAAGUCGUGCGUCUGGAUGCUGAGAUGAAAAUUUCAACAGACUUGAAGAUGUCCUUCAUCCUGAUGCGAAACGACGAAAAAGUCGCGGCGUUACUGUAUAUGCUGCGCGAAGUCAUCCCGAAAGGGCAACAGACAGUCGUUUUUGCGUCAACAAGGCACCACGUCGAGUGGUUACACAACUUGCUCGAAUUCGAAGGCGUGCGAGUGUCGAGCAUUUACGGUUCAAUGGACAUGAUGGCGCGCAAGAUGGCGCUCAGCAAGUUCAGAGCGAAGAAGGCUGACGUUCUCAUGGUAACGGACGUUGCGGCGCGCGGUAUCGAUAUUCCUCUCUUAGAUAACGUGAUCAACUACGAUUUCCCAUCAAAGGGUAAGCUUUUCGUGCACCGAGUUGGUCGGGUUGCGAGAGCGGGUCGCACAGGUAACGCGCACAGCUUUCUCGUCAAGGAAGAGCUUGGAUUUUUAGUUGAUUUGCACCUUUUCCUCGGACGUAAGAUAGCCGCGGCGUCCAAGCUUCCACCGAAUUCUACCGAGGAGGCUGCUGAGAUCGCUCGCGCCGCGGACGAGUCCGCGACGUCCAUCAUAGGGACCUGCCCGCUCGGGGCGCUCGACAUGACUGUCGACAGGUUACGUGAACUCAUGAAGGAAAGGGACGAGCUCGAAGGUAUGGAGCGUGCGGCUUCGAACGCUUACAAACUGUACCAAAAAACACGCGGAGCGGCGUCGAGUGAGUCCAUGAGUCGAGCACAGCCACUGAUACACGCGGGUCCGCAUCCACUUUUGUGCGCGAGCGGCGGCGUAGACGCCACCACGCAAGAGCUCGCCCAAAUCACGGCAAGCAUCAGAGCCUACCGCCCACAGGCCACCGUGCUCGAGGCCGAAGUUGCGAGUGCAACUAAGGUCAACGGAUCGAUGAGGCUCACGGAGACGAGUAGAGCGAUGCAACAGAAGCGUCUGAAGGAUGAAAAAUUUAUCAAGGCAAAACGCGAGGGCAAAACCAUCAAGGGGCGUGCACUUCGUCCGCUCGGUGAAGACGAUCCCAUUCUCAACCAGGAGGGGCUCGAUAAUGACGUUAACGACGGUGGUGCCGAUUACGAGGCGAUGGCAGCACCCGCUGAAGAUGCGUUCAACACGGGCAAGUUUCGCGACCAAGAUUUCUUCCUGGACAACGCGCCGCGCGCGGUAAAUCACACCGAGCUGGGUUUAUCAACGCGUGAGGGCGCUUACGGCGCUCUCGAAGACGCUACGAUGGAUCUUGUCGAAGAAGACGGUGCGGGCAUAUCGAGACAAAAGAAACUCUAUCACUGGGACGCUAGAAAGAAGCGUUACGUCCACAUCAGAAGUGACGAAAUCGACCUCAAGCGUGGAGGUAAGCGCAUCAAGAACGAAGCCGGACAGCGCGUCAGUGCCGUUGAAGCGGGCGCUACGUAUAAAAAGUGGGUUGCGAAAACGCACAAGAGUAUUACCGCCACGGGUUCGAUGGAAGACGAGUCCACGGCGAGCCAGCGUGCGUUUGUCGAUUCUUCACGUUUCAAGAGAGGUUGGCACACCAAGGGCGCCCAGCAAGCAGAAGCGCCGAGCGUCUUCGGAGUUGGCGCCGGCGAAGACGAACUCAAAAAUGCGGAUCAGAUUCGAAAAGAGCGCAAAGAGGACAAGAAGAAGAAACAAAGAAUGUCCGGCGGACGAGGUGGCGGCGGACGAGGUGGCGGCGGACGAGGUGGCGGCGGACGAGGUGGCGGCGGACGAGGUGGCGGCGGGCGAGGAGGGCGAGGAGGGCGCAGUGGCGGGCGAGGAGGAGGACGGGGUAAGCGAUGA